CGCGGGAAUGUUAAACUUUGAGAUGCGUCCGACAUUUUUUCUGGCCGAGUGACGAGGACGACAGCGUGAUCCACGACGACAUCCGGCGAAGCGACGACAAAAGGGUAUGCAGAGGUCGCAUCCUCUCAGCGAGAAGAUUACAAAACUUGAGGGGUUCAAUUGAGCCUGGCCUCCCUGCCGAACCUGCGCCCUAUCACUCGACCCCUCGCUCAACAUGGCGACGUUGACAGCACCGGCCAUGAGGAUGGCCUCUUUCAGCUCCUUUCUCCCGAGGCUUGUAGCACCGACGCUAUUCUCGGCAACAAGGAUACAGCUGCACGUUCGGCACUUCUCGCUCCCUCUAUUCCCGUCCCUCACUCUUGCCGUUCCCGUCGGUUUUCAGCUCGGGCUCCCCUCAAUUCUCGGAGACAUCUGGGAGUCGAUCCUCAAAGCGGUACCCAAGAAGAAGACAUCACAUAUGAAGAAGAGGCAUAGGCAAAUGGCGGGCAAGGCGUUGAAAGAUGUCAACUCGUUAUGCAAGUGCCCCGCUUGCGGAGAGAUCAAGCGCAUGCACUAUCUGUGCCCGCACUGCGCGAAGAAGCUCAAUGAAAUGAUGAACAAGAAAGCCCAGGAGACGACAAGUUGAAGCAAUGCAUAUAAAGGGGUUUAAAGGACAACGCGGUU